AUGCCGCCUGAUGAGACAGUCGAGUAUGAUUGGAUUGACGGGGUCGAGCGACUUGAAAUGUAUGAGCCAGGCGGCUACCAUCCAGUCGUGAUCGGCGACGUCCUCCACGACCGCUACCAAAUCGUCGACAAGCUGGGGUUUGGUGGCUACUCAACCAUCUGGCUGGCCCAAGACCGUCGCCUCAAACGCCAUGUCGCUAUCAAAGUGGGAAUAUCCGGCCCAUCUCUCCCUCAGCGCGAGUCCAAAAUAUUGCGCGACUUGUCCAACACAAGAUUAAAUCCGUCAUCUGGUGCUACAGCAUCGGCCAUUGAUGACAGCGGCGUCAUACCCAGCAUUUUGGACGACUUCGCCGUCCACGGGCCUAACGGGACACACAAGUGCCUUGCCGUGGCUCCUGCUCAGGGAAAUAUCAAAGAGGCGUCCUUCAGCCGUCUCUUCCCAUCCAACCAAGAGAUGCUUACAGAUAUACAUCUCAGGAAUAUUCUAGUAAAGCUUCCCGAGACUUUUGACGCUCUAUCGCUUAACCGGUUCAAGGAAAAGUUUGGCGAGCCCGAAACGGUCCGUAUUAGUCGUGCCGAUGGGAAACCACUCUCGCCCAGCGUUCCACCCUACGCCGUGCUGCCCCUGUAUCUCGGCGAAAAUGCCCAAGAUUUCACACUGGCUGAUGCGCAGGGCCUUUUCCUCAGUGACUUUGGCGAGGCAUUUGCGCCCGCGACAGAAAUGCGCCUCGGCAAGGACUGCCAUACACCGGUGGCCAUGAGGGCGCCAGAGGCUCUUUUCGAGCCUGAUGCACCGCUUUCCUACCCGUGGGAUAUAUGGAGCCUCGGAACGGCCAUAUGGGAAAUCCUGGGCAUGAAGUUCAUCUUCAGCGAGUCUGAGACGGACGAUGAGAUUGUGGCUCAGCAGAUUGAUGUUUUGGGUGACCGGCAUUUUCCCGUAAGCUGGCGCGAGCAGUGGGAACGGGAGGUUGCAGAGGAAACACUACUUACGGAUCAUGGAGCUCCGCGCAAGCCUGCGGUUGAUCGGGAGGCGCGGCCUCCUCUUGAGCAAGCGUUUGACGAAUUUGUACAAAAGUAUAGACGGAAACGGGAAGCGGCGGGGGUCUUCGGAGAUGAUGAGACCCGGGCAAUUCUUGACUUGAUGCGAGGUAUGCUGCGGUUUUGUCCUGGGGAACGCUUGACGAUAGGUGAAGUGCUCCAGUCCGAGUGGAUGGUCAGGUGGGCGUUUCCUGAGCUGAAGUGA